CGAUAGAAACAGUGGUUGCAGGAUAAAAUACAAUUUUAUAAAGUCAUCAAAAUGUCUGGAUAUUCAUGAACAUUUGUCCAAACAUUUUAAUACAGAUGUCUGCCCCGUUUUAUGUUUUAGUGUCUCAAAGAUUGAAAUGGAGUCAAAAUAUAACAGCAGAAGUAGCGAUACACAAGACAGUUCGGAAAUGCAGUCAGUAUUUAAAACGAGGCCAGUUAAAAUGAAAAACUUCAACCAACAUAUCACUGAGCUAUAUUCUAACAUGUUUGCACUGUUUAUCAAGGAAUGGUCGGACCUGGAUAAAUGUACCGUUUUUCACACCGCUGCAUCGUGUGCACUAGAAGUCUGUAACAGACGGAAAAACAGAUACCAAACGAUCCUUCCUUAUGUCCAUAGCCGAGUGACGCUAGAGCCGCUUUCAACUGAGGGUUCGGACUACAUAAACGCCGAUUUCAUUACCGGCCACAAAGAACGAGAAUACAUCGCCACUCAGGCUCCACUGAAGGAGACGUUUGCGGACUUCUGGCGGAUGGUGUGGCAGUACAAGUGCAGAGUGAUCGUCAUGCUGGCGGAGCUCGUCGAACACGAAAUCGUAAAAGUGGACAGAUACUGGCCGGACAGACUAGGAUUCACAGAGAAAUAUGGAGACAUAGCUGUUCGCCUAGCAUUUAUAAGUCAACGGGAAAGGAUCAUCGUCCGAAAAUUCCACCUGACACUGGGAACGGAAAAGAGAGUUGUUAGUCAGUACGUCCUUGAAGACUUCAAAGAAGAUUGCUCUGACGUGACUCCCUCUGCCAUCGUCGACUUUAUCCAGACAGUUCGCGAAGACCUGAACUCAGGCCCGGACUCUGGCCCUGCUGUUGUGCACUGCAGUGCUGGACUAGGUAGGACGGGCGUGUUCAUCGCGCUAGAUUACUUCCAACAGCGUAUUGCUAUGAUGUCACUCGAAGAUACGAUCGAUGUGUUUGCAUUUGUUCUGAAGAUGAGAAAUCAUCGACCACAUAUGGUGCAAAACCUGAAGCAGUACCUCUUUAUCCACGAUCUACUGAACCUCUUGAUUUUCGUGAAGCAAGUAAUUCUAAGACAAAUUCAAGAAAUGCAAGCUGACAUCAACAAUGAACACCAUAUCCAGGACCACAACAAAGUGCUUGUCCACGUCAGCAAUAAAAAGGAUGUCCCCACCACCAGUGAAGGACAUGACCACGCCAGCAGUGAAACGUCUGUGCCCGCCAGCAAUAAAAAGGUUGACAGCUCUAGUUAUGACGAGAUUAUUCGCGCCAGCAAUAAAAAGAUUGCCGACGCCAGUAAUAAAGAGCUUGCCGACGCCAGUAAUAGAGGGCAUAUCGCCACUAGGAAGGAAAAGCCUGUCCAACCAGCAGUGAAGAAGGUGUCGACGACAUCUAGGAAGAGCAUUUAGCAGUGAUGGGGAUGACGAUGUAGCUAUUGAAACUGAAGAUACCUAUCUCUAAACACACUGUCAGGAUGGAUGCAUGUCAUUAUUUUUGUUUUGGUUGUUGUAUGGUUUUAUAUAUUGUUAUUGCAUGCACCGUUUUUCACAAUAUAUAAAUUUACAUGUUAUGAUUCAUAACAUAAACUUGUGUACAAUGUAAAUUUAGAAGGUACACACCUUAAUUAUUUAUUUUUGUUUUGGAAACUAUUCUACUUUAAGACAGUUUUACCCCUUUUGUGUACGGAUGUUCUGUGCAAUGUGACAGUGUUUUACUGUCACUUAAUACAAGUAAACAAAUAAUUGCUGAAAUUACAAGCAAAUGUACACCUCACUGGUCAAACAUUUUCAAAAUAUAGUUAACGUUUGCCAGGGAAAAUGCUUUGAGGUGGUCGUGCUUAGUAGGAAGGCCAAAUUCCAGAGUUUAAUACACAAAACUUGAAAAGUCAUAUCUACAUUUAGAAAUAAUUGUAUAAUUGAUGAAGGUACAGCAAAGGUCAACAAUAUGUUUGAAAACAUUUUAUUAAUGAAGUCACAUUUACUUGUACUUUCAACAAUUAUACAAUUGUUUGUUUAUGUAGAACCGGUACAUGCUGUUUUGCCUUGUGUUUGUGAUUUAUGUUUGUAUUCACAAUGCCUGGUCUUAAUUUCAUAGAAGAUGUUUGCGUGUUUCCCACACAUGGGAUAAUCUAUCUACUGAUUUGAUGUCAUGUGUUUAAAUGGAGGACAUAGACACUUCUCUAAAAUGUGUCCAAUUGUUCUUUUAAUUUAUGUAAGCUGACAUCCCAGUAUUGUCUAAAAUACAUUUUAUACAAUAAAUAUAUUGUUACAAAUAUUAAAAA